CGCGCCGCGCUCCCACCGACCGUCUCCUCCUCCUACCACUACUUCUUGCCUGCUACUACCUGAACCCACCCCUUCCUUCCCCGGCACCAGGAGGGAGCAGGUGCUCGUCCGAGGAGAUCGAUCAAGCGAGGGUUACCGCCGGUGCUUUCGUUUUCUGGGGUGGAAUAAACUAAAGGAUGGUCCUCAAGAAGCUGCUUCAGCUGUUUGGAGUUGCCAAGAAGAAGAAGGAUUCCAAGAAGAAAGGCAAGUCCAUUGACCCUCUUUGGCAAGGUGUUGUUCCACAGUCCACUCUAAAUGUCCUUGCAAGUAAAAGUAUUUUGGAUCCCUGCUCAAGUGGGGCUGGUACCGUGCUAUCACUGCAAAAACAUGAGCCUGAAUGUUCAAGUAUUAUCUCAACAAUGAUAAACACAAUACAUGGUUCUGAAAAUGAUGAUUACAAGUUAUUUAGCCAAUUUGAUGUUGUUCAAGAUUUCUCAGACCACCACUAUGCAAAGACUUCUCCAGGGAAGGCCACCAAAGAUUGGACGAAAGCAAUCCAAAAUGAAUGGAAGCUUCUACAGAGAGAUCUACCAGGAUCUAUAUAUGUCAGAGUUUAUGAGGAUAGGACUGAUCUUCUUAGAGCUGCUAUUGCUGGGCCUUCUGGAACUCCAUAUCAUGAUGGUCUAUUCUUCUUUGAUGUUCGUUUUCCUCCUGAUUACCCGCGAUGUCCACCAAAAGUGUAUUACCAUUCUGGUGGGCUUCGUCUAAAUCCGAACCUGUAUGAGAGUGGAAAAGUUUGCCUUAGCCUGCUCAACACUUGGUGGGGUACUGGAUGUGAGAAGUGGGGCAAGUCGAAAUCCACCAUGCUGCAAGUGUUGAUCUCCAUCCAGGGCCUUGUGUUGAAUGAUAAACCAUAUUUUAAUGAGCCAGGCAAUAAAAGCACGGCUAAUACGCCUCCUGGUGAAAAGCAUUCUGUGGCAUACAAUCAAACUGCAUUUGUACUAUCCUGCAAGACAAUGUUGUAUUCACUUCGGAAGCCUCCAAAGCAUUUUGAGAACCUUGUCGUGCGCCAUUUCCACGAGCGGGAGCGUGCCAUCCUGGACGCAUGUGGUGCAUACUCGUCUGGUAUGGUCGUCGGAUCGUUGGCCACUGAUGGCGCAAAGUACGCAUGUGACAAGUGGUUUGUGAGUUUCAAGAAGUCUCUGGAUGCACACACUGAACUUCUCGCAAAGGAGCUGGCCGCGAACAGAACUCGAGCGCUGGAAUUGGACAGAGACGCGCCAGCUGCAGAUGAGAUUGUGUCUACCAGCUAGGCUUCUUCUGCAAGAGCCAUGACCGUUGCAAAAUUCACCCGCUUGAGUCGGAAGCAAAAUUGUCUGGAUCAGUGAUUAACUGAUUACGACUCACAUGUCUAGAUCAGUGAUUAACUGAUUACGACUCACACACGUUAUGGAUACGCCGUAGGGGUGGUGUUAUAACUGUAGAAGAAUUGGGUGUAGUUCGGUGGUGUUAUAACUGUAAAAGAAUCUGUUGUAGUUUAGCACUUGUCAUGCGUUAGCCAUUUGUGGUGAUCAUGAAAUUUGGCCCCAUUCCCUGUCUA